AUGGCUGUCCUCGCGCAAACUUCACUCUCACCUUCUUCCGUCGAUACUCUCGCAACCCAAACCACCGUAGCUGACGCAUCGGCACACGUCAACGACAAGAGCAGCGAUGAGGCCUCCACCAGACAGACAGUGUCACAUCCUUCGCCUGCCAACGAUCAGCUCAGCAUAGCGAAGACAUGCGUGCAUCUCUGGGAGCUAGCAUACCCGAUGGUGUAUGAUCGGAUCAUUUUCAACAUAAGUUCGGCCAUAGAAGACAAGGUCUGGAGUAAUCUCGCUUCUGGAAUUGGUCUUCGAUAUGUUCGGCAUCUCGAGAUUCACACUUCGAUACAGUCAAACGCGUAUGGAUGGGUACCAGACCACAUUGCAGACAUGAUUGUCGGAACCCUACUUGCAGGUCUGCGCAGGAACCAGCUGCUAUCCUUUAGCCUGAAAACCUCUGCAUGUGUAUCGUUCACAAUGUCUACAAAAAACGUCAUCAUACUAUUGGAGACACAGCGGAAGCUUACACGACAUCCGAUCAAAGCAGACGAGCAGAAAGAUCUACUAGCAGAUAAGGCUCUGUCUGAAGAAUUGGUCAGCGAUGCCAUUCUCUCUGUGUCGGAGGAUGGCGGCUCUACGCUCGAUAGCCAUACACUUCUAUACCUGGCUGUUGCCUUCCACAGCGGAGUAUCUUCCCGGACUCUAUCAGACCGGAAUUCCAAUGUUAUCAAGAAAGGCCCAGGACAACCGAAAACAAUCCUCACCCUCCAACCCAAGCAAGUCUCCCCGCCAGCAGACCUGGUUAAAGGGGAGAUCAUUGCGCGGUAUGCUAAAGACAAUUACUACUUCCUCGAGGCGUAUGUCGAUACUAUAAGUGCAGAGAGUCGCAUUAGCAUUCAGAGCAGAAAAUCAAAUGGUCCUGUGUACCUAUGA